UACUGGAAAUGGCGCUCAGUGUGUAGACUUUGAUGAAUGUCAAAGUAGUUCGUCAAACAACUGUGAACAGCUUUGUGUCAAUUUUCCGGCUUUGUUCUUCUGUGACUGUCGCGGCGGAUACGAACUAAACGCUGAUGGUCGCAGCUGUGAGGAUAUUAAUGAAUGCCAACCUUCAAAUGAUUGCAUGCAGCAGUGUAACAACAGUAUAGGAAGCUACAACUGUUCAUGUGACAAGUUCUUCAAACCUGAUCCCACUGACUGGAGAAAAUGUACAGCCACAGACCCUUGUACUUCUGGACAUGGCUGUCAACAUGUCUGCUUCAAAGGAAUCAAUGACAAAGCAACGUGUGCCUGUUUUGCUAAUUACAAGCUGGAGAAUGAUGGAAAGACUUGCAGAGACAUCAACGAAUGUGAUCCAGCUGAUCCUCUCCAUCGCUGCAGCCAGAUUUGUGAAAAUACCCUAGGAAGUUAUAAAUGUUCAUGUCAAGUAGGAUUCGAAUUGAACAAGGAUGGUUACCAAUGUGAAGAUGUUAAUGAAUGCCUGGAUGAAGAUUUGUACAAUUGCACGGAUGAGUUCCACAAGUGCGUCAACACUCGCGGCUCGUACAAGUGUGAAUGUGAACAAGAUCUUUACUUUAUUGAUGGCAAAUGCAGAGGUCUAGCGAAGAAUGAGACAGCUCCCAAGCCAGUGUUACCGGAACCGCGUGUGCCAUCAAAGAAAGAGAGAGAAGAAGCUGUACAGUUCGUAAUUUCCCUCACAAGCGAUUUUGAAUGGGAUUUCGAAAAGGACAAGUCAUUCAAAGACGAAAUGGCGUCUGUAACAACGGAUUUCUGCACGGAAAACAGGACAAGAUGUGCCCUAAAGAACGCUAGGCGAAAAAGACGUUCCCCUUUUACGGACCUUUACACCACUGACCAGGUUCACCUACUGCCUGGUUACCCUAGCAACGCAUCGGGCUCUCUCCAGGUAGCGUUUUACGUGCAGCAGCCGCUUGGACUCUUCAUCGCAAAUAUCUCGGUCCUGCCUCGCAGUACUCUGGCAGAGAUCGUUAAGACUCACAAGUCCGCGCUUGAGUUAGCUAUUGGGGCAAACAUCUCUGAUGUAGAAGUUCUCUUCAAACCUGCCACGCCGACCACGUCACCUACAGCCAUGCUUUGUGGGAAAUCAUACAAAAAUAGAGUUGAUCCAUGUCGUUAUUCCAACAUCGUUCCAUUAUUUCACGCAAGACGUUCCCCUUUUACGGAACUUUACACCACAGACCAGGUUCACCUACUGCCUGGUUACCCUAGCAACGCAUCGGGCUCUCUCCAGGUAGCGUUUUACGUGCAGCAGCCGCUUGGACUCUUCAUCGGAAAUAUCUCGGUCCUGCCUCGCAGUACUCUGGAAGAGAUCGUUAAAACUCACAAGUCCGCGCUUGAGUUAGCCAUUGGGGCAAACAUCUCUGAUGUAGAAGUUCUCUUCAAACCUGCCACGCCGACCACGUCACCAACAGCGGGACUAGAUGAGUCAAGCAAUGUUUGGAAGUGGGCUGCCAUUGGUGUUGGUGUAGGAGUGGUGGUCUUCAUCUUGAUAAUUUCGAUCGUGUUCUGGCGCCUAAAAAACAGAUUACCACAGGUGAAGCGCAUGCCAUAUGAUGAUCAUGAAGAAGUCAUAGCUAUGACAUCUUUCAACCGAUCGUCAAGACCAGAACGUGGAGACGAGUGGCGGAGUUAUACCUUCUAUCAACCUUAA